AUGGCAUGCGCGUCUUCACCUCAGAUGCACGAGGGCUACCAGGAGGAGUGCGAGGCUGCCAUCAAUCAGCAAGUCAACCUGGGGCUCCAUGUCUCUUACACCUACCUCGCGAUGGCUCAUCACUUUGACCGCCAAGACAUGGCCUUGAAGAACUUCGCGGACUACUUCAUGCAGCAGUCCCACAAGCAGCGCCAGCACGUGGAGACGCUGAUGCAGCUGCAGAACCAGCACAGAGGCCGCAUCCAGUUCUGGGACAUCACGAAGCCUGAAAUGGACAACUGGGGCAGCUUGCUAUCCGCCAUGGGGCACCACCUCCCCCUGCAGCACAACAUCAGCCUGAGCCUGCAGGACCUGCCCUGGAUGGCCGCAAGCAGGGCGACAUGCAGCUAG